UUCGGCGUCGCCAAAGCGAAAGACGUUGCGCACAUCGAACGCCACGCCAACAUCAGCAAACCCGACAAGUUAAUACGCCAACCCUCCGACGGAUCGGAAAGCCACCAAACCCACUUUAUCGUCCGCGUCUACUUCGGCAACCUCACCUACAGCGCCAUCCGCAUGCCUGUCGAGGCCACCGCGACGCACGCGAAAGGACUACUAUUGGCGAAGUUGUCGAUCAAUAAUUCGGGGGAGAUGUUUGGCCUUUUUGUGCAUUCGCCGGAUGGGAAAGAGAGGGAGUUGACGGCGGAUGAGCGGUUGUAUAAUGUGAUGCUGUCGUGGGCGACUACGGAGUACUUUUUGUUCAAGAAUAGGCCAGUGAAUAAUCAGUUGCGGCACAAGCGGCUAAGCACACAAAGCGUAGACGCCAGCCAAUUCCAACUCAACGAACCAGCCCCGCAAGCCCGCCGCGUCGCCAAACUCGCCGGCUUCUUCGGCCUCGCGCCCAGCCCCACGGCCACUACCCCCAUCCCCGAAUCCUUGGGCAAGAACCUCAUCCACCAACCCUCCGAAUACGAAGACCUGCAAACCAUCUUCAACCAGCUCUCUAACGUCACCACCUCCUCCUCUUUACAAGCUAACCUCCGCCGCCGUAAAUCGCUUGCGGCCCCACAGGCCCCACAGGGCGGGCAACCACCAGGUCCGGAGCGACUGGGCGUGUUACGCAAGGAAUUCACGUCCUCGAUCGCGGCGCUGUCGACGACGCUGUACAAGGAGGGGUGGAUGGAGGUGUUGAUCAACCCGACCGCUGUGAACGCCAAGAAGCCGUGGACGUGCGUGUGGGCGAAACUGGACGGGGACGUGUUGACGGUGUUCCCGAAUGAGAGGGAUGAGGCGGUCGCGGGGACGCCGACGGCGGGGUCGUUGCCCGAUCGUGCGGCGACGAGGGUGAGGUUGCAGGGGUGUACUGUUGUCACGGGCGAGGGGGUGGUGUCUAAGAGGCAGUUUGUGUUUACGGUUGUGGAGGCGGCUCAGAGUGUGGGGGUGGCUGAGGUUGUGGGUGCUGCUGCAGGGAGUAAAGCGAGCCCGCCGCCACCCACCGCCGCUGCCGGGGCAACCACAACAAGCAACGAUAAACCGAAAUCGCUGGUAUUGGCGACGAAAUCGGCAACGGAAAUGAUCGACUGGAUCGACUGUAUCCGCACCUCCGCCCGGCGCCGGCCACCCACCACCUCCUUCUCCGCAUCCCGAGACAGCAUGCACGACCACUCACAGCACCCAUCCCGCAAAACCUCCGUCCCCGUCCCGCCCCGGACCUCCACCCACACCUCCACCCGACCUUCCGUCGCCGCCAACAACAAUACGACCUCCCUCAUCCCCACCGACCUCGAAGACCCAUCCCUCCUCCUCCCCACUUCCUCCUCCCACGCCUCCGAAGACGAAACCACCCUCACAAUGGCCGACUUUGAGCUCCACCGCGUCAUCGGCCGCGGCAAAUACGCCAAAGUUCUCCUCUGCAGCCGCAAGUCCACCAACAACGUGUACGCCAUCAAAGUCCUCAACAAACGUCGCUCCAUCUCCUCCUCCCUCGGCGACGGCGGUGAAGGCGACGCAAACGAGGAAGGGCGGAUCCUCCGAUCGAUCCAUCACCCGUUCAUUGUGGGGUUGCAUUAUGCGUUCCAGAGCGCGGAUCGGCUUUAUCUUGUGAUGGAGUAUAUCAAUGGCGGUGAGCUGUAUUUCCAUGUGAGCAGGUUUGGACGGUUUGGUGAGGAGCGGGUGAGGUUUUAUUGUGCCGAGUUGGUGUUGGCAUUGCAGUGUUUGCAUGAUAAGGGGAUUGUAUAUAGGGACUUGAAGCUGGAGAAUAUUUUAUUGAGUCGGGAGGGACAUGUGAAGAUUACGGAUUUUGGGCUGAGUAAGCAGGAGACGGAGGAUGAGGAGUCGGAUAGUGAGGCGGAUAUGGUAUUUGUGGUUGGGACGUUGGAGUACCUGUCACCGGAAGUUCUCGAAGGCUACCCGCACACCGCCGCGGCGGAUCUCUGGGCGCUCGGAGUCGUGACGUUCGAGAUGCUGUGCGGGUACCACCCAUUCCAUUCGGAAGACCGGGAAGAGAUCCAAGCCAACAUCCUUGAAUCGCCGGUGGAGUUCCCUGAAUGGGUAUCACCUGAAGCGAAAGAUUUCAUUGCGGGUCUGUUGAAACGCAACCCGCGGCUGAGAUUGAAGGGGGAGGCUAUAAGGAAACACCCAUUCUUUGCGGGGGUGGAUUGGAGGAAGUUGUUUGAUUUGGAGGUUGAGGUGCCGUUUAAGCCUGAGCUGACUGGAGACUACGAUGUCAGUUUCUUCGAGGCCGAGUUCACGGAGGAAGCUGCGGUGCUGACCCCAGACGGCUCGCGACCGUCUUUGGAGGAUAGAGGAGGAUAUCAGGAGCAGCAACCUCAUCAUGGCGAGAACGAUAGCUCGCACGCGGAAGAGGAUGUUGAUGCGAGGAUGCGGUCGAUCGAUUGAUGGAUGGACUGGAGUUUCGCGGGAGAAUGCGGUGAAUCGACGUUAUUUUCUGGACGGUGGGGGAGAGU